AUGCCAUCUCGAUAUGCCUCUCACUCUGGAUCAUGGUACUCUGAUAGUGCCCGCACCCUGGCCCGUCAGCUGGAUGGCUGGCUGGCGCAGGUGCCAGACACAAUGGAGAAGGUCGGCUCACUGCCAACUCCAGGAGCCAGAGUGAUCAUCGCACCGCAUGCGGGCUAUUCGUACUCAGGGCCCUGCGCAGCCUACGCAUACAAGGCUCUGGAUCUCUCCAAAGCGAAGCGAAUCUUUAUCCUGGGGCCAUCACACCAUGUCUCACUCGCAACACUGGCUCUUCCAACGCUAACUUCCUACCGUACCCCUCUAUCCGAUGAACCCCUCCCACUAGACACCGAGCUGAUUACCCAGCUUCUCCAAACCCAGGCAACCAGAUCAAACGGGACAAAGAUCAGCUUUACAACCAUGUCGCGCUCGGUCGACGAAGAUGAGCACAGUAUCGAGAUGCACUUGCCCUACAUCCACCGCUUGCUCCAGCUCCAAUAUCCAGAUUCUCCAGCCUCUGAAUACCCACCUCUAGUCCCAAUCAUGGUCGGAAAUACCUCUGCUGCGACAGAGCAAGCAUUUGGGGCCCUCCUAGCCCCCUACCUGGCGGACCCGGCAAACGCCUUUGUGAUAAGUUCAGAUUUCUGCCACUGGGGCCUCCGAUUCCGCUACACAUACUAUGUUCCACAGGCCCCCAGGCCAGGGCCACAACUCCCAUUGUCUGGUGAUAUACUUCCGCAACCCGGAAUGGACGCAAGCAGUGUCGAGCAGGCUGUCGAGAUGGUCUCAGCUGGUCACUCCCUGCGGCAACGCGAUCUCAUCUCAAGCCGUGAACCUGCCAUUCAUGAGAGUAUCUCAGCAUUUGAUAUGGCUACCAUGGCUGCCAUCACGACGGGAUCUGCAAAGUCUUUCCUCGACAUCAUUGAACGCACGGGUAACACAGUAUGCGGGCGCCAUCCAAUUGGGGUAAUCAUGGCAGCACUGGAGUUUGUCACGGCAAGUCAAUCGGUCGAGCAGGAAGGACGCUUUUACUUUCUGCGAUACGAGCGUAGCUCGGAUGUAGAAGAGAUCGAUGACAGCUCGGUAAGCUAUGUCUCUGCAUUUGCAGUGCUUUGA